AUGGCCCGAGAAGCCCACUCCUCUCACUCCCGUUCUCAUCCGCGCAUCCCCACCGCACUCAUGCGCAGCCCACUGCUCUCACUCCCCUUCUCAUCCGCGCAUCCCCACCGCACUCAUGCGCAGCCCACUACUCGCACUCCCCUUCUCAUCCCGCAUCCCCACCGCACUCAUGCGCAGCCCACUCCUCUCACUCCCUUUCUCAUCCGCGCAUCCCCACCGCACUCAUGCGCACCCCACUCCUCUCACUCCCCUUCUCAUCCGCGCAUCCCCACCGCACUCAUGCGCAGCCCACUCCUCUCACUCCCCUUCUCAUCCCGCAUCCCCACCGCACUCAUGCGCUGCCCACUCCUCUCACUCCCCUUCUCAUCCCGCAUCCCCACCGCACUCAUGCGCUGCCCACUCCUCUCACCCCCCUUCUCAUCCGCGCAUCCCCCCCGCACUCAUGCGCAGCCCACUCCUCUCACCCCCCUUCUCAUCCGCGCAUCCCCACCGCACUCAUGCGCAGCCCACUCCUCUCACCCCCCUUCUCAUCCGCGCAUCCCCAUCGCACUCAUGCUCAGCCCACUCAUCUCACUCCCCUUCUCAUCGGCGCAUCCCCAUUGCACUCAUGCGCAUCCUACCCUUCCCACCCCCGUACGCAUCCGCGCAUCCAACGCGCAUACCUCGAUGGCGUUUAACGGAAUCGCUGCUACCCACGAUUUUGCUUCAGUCUCCGUGAUCCAUGCGUAG